CGUGCGGGGGGCGGCGGGACCGCUCCGCUCCCGGGGCGCCAUGCGGCGGCCGUAGCGAUGCAGCGCGUCGAGCUGCGCGACGGGGAGGCGGCGGCCGCGGCUUCCUACCGGGUGCUCAGCCGCCUGCUGGGCUAUGGGGCCGGGCCGGAGGCGGGGGCGGCCGGCGGCCCCGGUAGCGGCGCGGCGGUUGCGGGGCCGCCGGGCCCGGGCGGAGCGCGGUUGCCGCUCCCCCUCCCCGCUCCGGGAGGGGCCGCUCGGCCGCCGCCGCAGCUGAUGGUGUUCCGUAACGCUGCCGAGGGCCGGCCCGGAGAGGAGGAGGCGGGCGGCGGGGAAGGCCCGGCGGGCGGCCCCGAGCUGCUGUGCCCGCGGCAUCGCUGCGCGUUGGAGCCCAAAGCGGCGGCGGUGGCGGCGGGGGGCGGCUGGGGGCCGCCGGGGGGGCUGGAGCUGCAGCUGGCGGCCCUGGGGCUGCGGCCCCCGACGCUGGGAACCAAGGGCCCCGCAGCCUGCCCGUGUCUCGGGCCGCCCGCCGCCGAGGAGACGAGCGACGCGCUGCUGGUGCUUGAGGCGCUGGAGCCCGACGAGGCCGAGAGCUGCUCCGAGGAAGAGCCUGGCAGCCCCGGCGCCGCAGACCCGCAGGAGCCGCCCCGCGGAGCCUCCGCCGCGCGGAGAGCCGGGCCCGGCCCCGGGGCAGCGGGAGGAAGGAAGGGAUCGCUGCGGGUCCGCCUGAGCCGCCUCUUCCGCACCAAGAGCUGCAGCGGAGGGUCGGCCCCCGGGGACGGGAGCGGAGGGAGUCGGCGGGGAGCGGAGCUGACGGCCUCGGCGCACAGCCUGAGCGACGGCGGAGGGGCCCGGGGCCGCGGGCAGGAGGAGGGCAGGAAACACAGACUGACAAGAACUCAAAGUGCCUUUUCCCCGGUUGUUUUCAGCCCCCUCUUCACAGGUGAAACGGUGUCUCUGGUGGACGUGGACAUCUCUCAGAGAGGACUGAGCUCCCCUCACCCCCCGACUCCACCGCCGCCUCCGCGCCGAAGCCUCAGCCUGCUGGAUGAUAUCAGUGGGACGCUGCCUGCAUCUGUCCUAGUGGGUCCGAUGGGGUCUUCCCUGCAGUCUUUCCCUCUGCCUCCGCCUCCUCCGCCCCACGCCCCAGAUGCCUUCCCCCGCAUCGUUCCCCUCCGACCCACAGAAGCAGCACCCAGCCAGCCCACCCCCCACCUCCAGUGCCCUCUGUACCGCCCGGACUCCAGCAGCUUUGCAGCCAGCUUGCGAGAGCUGGAGAAGUGCGGGUGGUACUGGGGACCCAUGAACUGGGAGGACGCAGAGAUGAAGCUGAAAGGGAAACCAGACGGAUCCUUUCUGGUGAGGGACAGUUCCGACCCCCGUUACAUCCUGAGCCUCAGCUUCCGAUCGCAGGGCAUCACCCACCACACCAGGAUGGAGCACUACAGAGGGACCUUCAGCCUGUGGUGCCAUCCCAAGUUUGAAGACCGCUGCCAAUCUGUGGUGGAGUUCAUCAAGAGAGCCAUCAUGCACUCCAAAAACGGGAAGUUUCUGUACUUCCUCCGAUCCAGGGUUCCAGGUCUCCCUCCGACGCCUGUCCAGCUCCUGUAUCCCGUCUCCAGGUUCAGCAAUGUCAAAUCUCUCCAGCACCUUUGCCGUUUUCGGAUCAGGCAGUUGGUCCGGAUCGACCACAUCCCUGAGCUGCCGCUGCCUAAGCCCCUCAUCUCCUACAUCCGCAAGUUCUACUACUACGACCCGCAGGAGGAGGUUUACCUGUCCUUGAAGGAGGCUCAGCUCAUCUCCAGACAGAAGCAGGAUGCUGAAUCCUCCACGUAGCGAGGCCGCCUCGCCCUCCUUGCCGUCGCUGAUGGAAUUUGGUGAUGCCAUCCGGUCCCCCCAGGUCUGGCUGCAGUGGGGGGGAUGAGGCCCACGAAGGUGCAGCUUCUGCAGCACCGCUUUGGAGGAGAGAAGAAGGGUCCCACAGUUCCCAGCCACCAAGCAGAGCAGGAGGGGACCCCCACGAUGGGGGGGGGGGGGGGGCUGUGAGCAGAGCCCCACGGACUGCGUGCAGAACAAAGAAUGUCAUGGCACUAUGGAGGACUUUUAAAACAAAAAGGUUUAUUUUAUUUAUUUUUUUUUUUGACAUCUUCAGGUUUUGGGGUUUUUUUUUUUUUUUUGGUUUAUUUUCAGAAAUUAACCGAGUUCUUCAUCAUCAGCUUCCUUGGGAAGCUUUCAAGGGGGAGAUGAGCUGCGAGCGCGGCGUGGGAUCGACCCCAUUGCUUUUCUGUUGGGGUUGGGGUGCAGGCAGAGAGCUGCAUGGGGCCAGGAUCAGCUCCCCCCCCCCUCCUUUCCAUCCCCCCCCCCAAUGGCAUCAACUCCACCCUGGGAUGCAGCACAGCCCCGUGCCUCUCAGAGCAGCAUUGAGAAGCCGCCCCGUUGCGCCCCUGCUCCAAGCGCUGCUGCAAAGGGGGCUCAGCAUCGCUCUCCCCCCAUCUUCAACGUGGGGGAAGGGGGGGGGGGGAUUUAAAAAGGAUUUGGCUUCCAGGUGACCCCCAAGGAUCUUGAAAACCUGCUGAAAUACCUCACUGCCUGCUGGGCGCUGUGCUGGGGGGGCGUUGAGGCUGAGGGCUGCUGCUGCUCCUCUGCACCCCCCUUCCACGCUGCAGCUCAUCGUGGGAU